AUGACCCCACUCCACAUCUGUGCUGUGGACGGCUACAGCCAGCUAGCCACGCUCCUGCUGUCCUAUCACGCGGACCCCGAGAUCAAAGACAAGGUUGGGAGAACACCGCUCUACAGGGCUGUUGAGCAUAGGAAAAUAGAAGUUAUAUUGGCUUUAAUUAAAGGGGGAGCGGACUUGAACACCACAGACCAGAAUCAGGAGACGCCGCUGAUCAUGGCCUGCAGAAAAGGUUUUGAAGAUGUUGUCAAGUUUCUGUUAGACAACGGCGCGGACCUUACGGUGAAAAACUUCAUCAGCAAUAACUGCCUGCACGUCGCCGCUAAAGAAAAUCGUCUCGAGGUCUUUAAAUUAUUACUUGAGAAAAGUGAUAGAAAACUUUUAUCAGCGCUGGACAUAUUUGACCAGACUGUGUUCCAUCAUGCCGCCAGACAAAAGGACAUUCGAUUAAUAGACCAGCUCAUCUACAGGGGUUGUUGCCCAGAAACACAGGACGCUCUGGGAUCUACUCCACUUCAUGUGGCAGCUAAGUACGGCAGCUACGAGACCGUGAAGCGUCUAGCCGGGGUGGUCAGUGACAUCAAUGUGCAGAAUUACGACAGCAAGAGCGCUUUCUUCUGUGCUUGCGAGAUAGGGAACAGGGAAACCAUCUCAGCUCUGAUUAGCUGCGGAGCUAACGUAAAGGAUGCAGACAUCCAGUUCAGGGAUACCAUGAUUGUUGCCGCUAUGGGAGGGUUUACCGAUAUCGUUCGUGACCUCAUUGAACUGGGGGUUCAAGUCAAUAGCAGGGACAUGGAGAAAAACACGCCUCUACAUCUUGCCUGUGACAACGGCCACGCCUCUACAGUCAAGGUCCUGUUGGAGCACCAGGCUAGCGUGACAGCCGUCAACAUCCACGGCAAGAGCCCCCUACACGUGGCUGUUGAUAAAAAGAAGACUGAGAUUGCAGUUCUGAUGAUGGAGCACGCUAGCUGGGAGGGGAGCCUGUCUGUGAGGGACGGAGAUGGGUUUACGUGUAUGGACAAGAUGAUCGCCAACACACCCGAGGCUGUCAAGAUUGUUCUAGACAAGUGCGUGAAAAGGUCAAAGCAUGACCCAACAGAAGAGAAUUACACUAUUGAGUUUAACUACCGCUACAUUGACCCUGGACCUAGAGAUCCCAUGUCCAGAAAAAACAACUAUAACGCCAUUUUAAAAAUGUUGGCUCAUGAGAGGGAGGAGCUGUUGUCACAUUUGCUUUGUCAGAGUCUGUUGGCCUACAAAUGGCGAUGUUUUGGGAGAUUUACUUUCGCCGUGGACAUCUCCAUACAGACUGGGUUCGCUUUGUUGCUGACCAUUUUUUACGUGGUCAUGAUCAAACCGAACCAGGAGGAUUAUACCUGCAGCUGGACUAACGACACUAGCAACAACAGCAAUGAGGAGGCCUAUCCACACGGCCCCCAGUACAGACACAGAUUUAUGUAUGCUUUACAAUAUGCUAUUUAUGGCUUCCUUUUGGCCCUUUUCUUCAAGGAGAUGAAAAAUGCCAUAUCAGUGGGCUGCAGGUACGUUUUAUCUCCUCCUUUCUUCAUGACCAAUAUUGCCGUUAUACUUGUCGCGUUCAGCAUUCUCCCACCGGGGUUUGAACCCUGCGAUGCCCAGUGGAGAUCGUUUGCCUAUGCUACAUUGAUAUUUCUUUUGAGGGAGACAAUCAUGAUACAAAGAUUCGAGACUGUUGGUUUAUACUUUACAAUGUUCUUUGAAGUAUUUAAAACGAUGUUGAAGAUCUUUAUUUUGAUGCUGUUUUUCAUCGUUGCCUGGACUGUCCCACUGUCAAUAAUGUUAAGACAAGAUGGUUAUGAUGGGGCCUACGCGCUGUUGUCGACCCUGGCCAUGACAGUUGGAGAACUCAAUUUCAGGGAUAAUUUCAUCAGGGGAGACAACACACCAUUCACUUAUGAUCUCUAUGGGUUGUUUCCCUUCUUCUGUAUCCUUAUGAAUCUGUCUUUGAUGAAUCUGAUGGUGGGUGUCGCUGUAGGUGAUAUCUCAAAGGUAGAGAAAAGAGCUUACCUAACUCGCCUACGUACCCAGGUGUCCUACCUACUUCACGCAGAGAUCCUGCCAACAAUGAGACUACGAGAAUGGCUCCACAGCAGCAAACUUGUUGUACAACCUAACGCACGGCCUAGCACUAAAUGGGACCGGGUUAAGCGAAGAUUUCUAAACGAGGAAAAAAUAUAUUUCAUAAAAAAUAAAGUAAAAGAGAAGGAACUAGGGGAGACAAGAGUUGACAUUCACAAAGAGAUGGAGAACCAAAGGAAAAAAAUUGACAACUUGACCGUCAUGAUGCAGUCAGCCAUGGAGGUACUGACCAGGUUAAAUCAAGUUGUACUCAAUAGGCAGCUCUCCGACUAGUCGCUGAAUGUAAAACAUGAACACAAUGUAUUUGAACAGGAUUUACUUGUAAAAUAUAAGAAAACAUGAACACAAUAUA